AUGUGGGAAGACGUCAAAAUUGUUCAUGGUAAACCGAGGCACAGCCAGAGCCAAGGUUCUGUGGAACGAGCAAAUAGAGAUGUAGAGGAUAUGUUGGCUACGUGGAUGGCAGAAAACAAUAGUACGGAUUGGCCCUCUGGUUUGAAAUUUAUUCAGUGCCAGAAAAACCGAGCUCUUCAUUCAGGUAUUGGAAGAUCUCCUUAUGAGGCCAUGUUUGGCUGUACUGCCAGAACAGGACUAUUAUCGAUUGGUCUACCAAAUGAUGAAAUAAAUUCAUUAAGAACAGAAGAAGAUGUAGAAGAAUUGUUAAAGCAAAUGCAAGAAACUUGA